UUAAAACGACAUUUAAAUGUGUAGCUAUUCAUUACUUAUACAUUUUACUUCUUUGUGUGUUGUUAGUGUCAACAAAAUACUGUAUCUAAGGUCAAUACUUUCUGUUGUGGAAUCAUUUUUUCGACAUAGUUUUUAAGUUAAACACAUAUUUGUGUAAUCAUCAGACUCAACAACACCAGUAGCUCAGACAUGGAGCUACGUCACCGGAUGAAACACUCAAUCACAGAUUCAUUGAGAACACGAGAAGAAGAAAAGUCACCGAGAUCAGCUGUUUCGGAUGACUUAAAUAGUAAUGAUGAAAUAGAAAAUGAAGAUGCGGUAAAAGAAGAAGACCCUUUAGAAAAGUUAACAAGCAAUGAACAAAAUUUGGCGUCACCUUUCACUCAACAGAAUGUUGGAUUGGUUUUUGGUAACACAAAGAUCUUUGUUCAAAAGGAACUUCUUAUAGCGGUGUCUCCUGUGUUUAAGGCCAUGUUUAGUUCUUCAUUCCUUGAAGGAUCGAAGGAAGAGGUACCUUUACCAGGGAAAAAACUCAGCCAUUUUGUUCUUUUUUUACGUUAUCUGACUCCAGGAUUCGAUGAUGAAUUAUCAGAAGACAAUGUUCAUCAUAUGUUGCCUUUAGCUGAUGAAUAUCAAACUGAUGAUUUAAAGAAAAGAAUUGAAGAUUUUCUGGUUGAUGGUGUGAUUUCCAAAUCAGAUUCCAUCACUUCAGAGCAAAUCAUAUUAGAUAUUCUUGAAGCGGAAAUGUACAAAUUAUCUGACUAUUUAAAAGAAUCCAUUGCAGUUGCUUCCCGGAAAAAGUUUGACAGCUUGACAAAAAGUCCAAAAUUUGAAGAAAUAUCUCAAACUACACAAAGUAAAAUUAGCUUCAAACGGUGGAAAGAUAUCGAUAAGAUAUUUAACAAGGCCGUAAAAGUUAGUCCUCAGUUCAUACGGCAUCAGGAAACUAAAGUGAUACAUGGUUAUUCAAGAGGAUUUGGGUCGAGCGUGUCUAAUGAACCUAAACAAUAUGAAAUUGAUAUCAAAGAGGUUGGUGAACAUUUAAAAAAAUACAUGAAAGAGAACUAAUGCGCAUUUACAUAAGGAUGUAUACUCUUUAUAGGUCACAUGAUACCAAAUGGGAUAUCUCCCGCAUUGGAACACGUUACCACUAAACAAAAAUGAAAAAAUCAAGCCGUAAAGUCAUUCUUAAGUUGUUUCAAUUUGUCCGCAUAAGA